CAAGGAGAUUUGUGGCUGGGCUUGCUGGGAUCAUGGCGGAGAAUCACUGCGAGCUUCUGCAGCCGGCCCCAGGCAGUUUCGGGGUGGGGUUGGGGGGCAGCCUGUGCCGGCGCUGCAGCGCGGGGCUCGGCGCUUUGUCCCAGCGACCCGGAAACGUGUCCAAGUGGGUCCGGCUCAACGUCGGCGGCACGUACUUUCUCACCACCCGGCAGACGCUGUGCCGGGAUCCGAAAUCUUUCCUGUACCGUUUGUGUCAGGCCGACCCCGACCUGGACUCAGAUAAGGAUGAAACAGGUGCCUAUUUAAUCGACAGAGAUCCCACCUAUUUUGGGCCUGUGCUGAAUUACCUGAGACACGGAAAACUGGUCAUUAACAAAGACCUCGCAGAAGAAGGAGUGUUGGAAGAAGCAGAAUUUUAUAAUAUCACCUCACUAAUAAAACUUGUAAAGGAUAAAAUUAGAGAACGAGACAGCAAAACAUCACAGGUGCCGGUGAAGCACGUGUACCGUGUGCUUCAGUGUCAGGAGGAAGAGCUCACACAGAUGGUGUCCACCAUGUCCGAUGGCUGGAAGUUUGAGCAGCUGGUCAGCAUUGGCUCUUCCUACAACUAUGGCAGUGAAGACCAGGCCGAGUUCCUCUGUGUGGUCUCCAAGGAGCUACACAACUCCCCGUACGGUACCACCAGCGAGCCCAGCGAGAAAGCCAAGAUUUUGCAAGAACGAGGUUCAAGGAUGUGAGGAACACAGUGUUGACAGCUGAAGAAACGUUUUACUUUUUCCAAGAUGCAACGAACUGCCAUGUUGAGGAAGCUCGGCCGUGAGAAGAAACCUGCUUUUAACAAUUUC